UGAAAUGCAUAGCCCACCAUAAUACUUAAUGCAUACUAUCAAUGAAGAUUGAAUUUGAUUAAUACAGAAGGGAGACGUGGAAAUCAAAACCUUUAAAAGGAGUUUGAUGUUUACCAAGGCGGCUGCUGUUCUUGAAGUCUAUUUAGUGCCAGGAUAUUAUACUUUUUAUGUCUUAUCUUUUAUGGAAUCAUGCAUAAAAGUCUAAAACAAUCAAUAACCAACUUGCAAAGAUCUUAUUUCAUAGAUUUACAGGCUUUUGGGUCUCAUAGAUAGCCUGCAAUGGAUCCACCCACCUGGGAAGAGCAGAAGCACAGUGAUAGUGAUGAGCUAAUCCAAGUGCAAGAAGUUGAGAAAAACAUGUUUUCUAUUGAUGAAAUAAUAGAAACAUAUGUUGGGGGUUUUGGACCAGCUCAGCUGUUCCAAGUGGUAAUUGUUGCCUUGGCUUGGGCAUUUGAUGCCCAGCACACCUUUGUCACCAUUUUUACUGAUGCCCAACCUUCAUGGCGCUGCACUAAUGGGAAUCAAAUACCAGAAACAGAAAUGUGCACUCCACAAUCAUCAAUAUGUGACAUGGACUCAACACUGUGGGAGUGGGAAAGAGGAAAAGAGGUGUCUGUCAUAUCACAGUGGAACCUUGUUUGUGCCAACACCAUCCAAGCAGGCUUUCCUUCUCUGUUUUUCUUUAUGGGAUCACUACUAGGUUGUAUAAUAGUAGGACCGUUGGCAGAUUCUUGGCUGGGUCGUAAACGAACUCUGGUGUUUUCCACUAUGAUACUUUCAUUAAUGGGCCUUUUAACCUCUGUUUCACCCAACAUUUGGGUCUACUCUUUCCUCCGAGCUCUCACCGGUUUUGGUAGAUCCUCCACGGGAACUUAUUGCCUGGUUCUCUCUACUGAGCUCGUUGGUCGCCGAUGGAGAAGCCUUAUUGGUUUUCUUGUAUUUUUCUCCUUCACCUUGGGAUUUCUUUCACUUCCAGCCCUCGCCUACCUCACCAGAAAUUCCUUUUCCUGGAGAAACACGUACAUCUAUAUCUCCAUACCUCCUCUGGCAUAUUCUUUGCUGCUGCUGCUUUUCAUUUGGGAGUCCCCCAGAUGGCUUCUUCUCAGAGGAGAUUCCCAAGAGGCCCUGAAAUGUUUAAGAAAAAUGGCAGAACUGAACGGAAGAGUUUUGCCAGAAAAUGUAGGGAUACAAGACUGUAUUGCAGAGAGCCGAACAGAGUCUUCUUUAUCACUGUUGUGGACAACUCAAUGGGCUCGCAGAAGACUUAUGUCAACAAUGGCGGUGGGCUCUGGGCUGGGGCUCAUCUAUUAUGGAAUGCCCUUUGGAGUAGCAGGUUUGGACUUCAAUUUAUAUCUGAGUGUCACAUUCAACGCUCUCUCAGAGAUUCCAGCGGCCAUUUUCUCCAGUAUUAUUGUUGCUAAGUCUGGGCGUCGAAGGGCAAUUCUAAUGUUGACACUAUUGAGUGGCAUAUUCUGCUUCCUGUGUGUGUUCUAUUCACUGGGUAUACCAGAUAUUCCCAAUUCAACUGCAAACAGAAAGAAUUGGGCACAGAUAAUUGCUGAAGUAGGAGGGUUUUUGAGUGCAGUUACAGCGUUCAACGUUAUGUUGAUUUAUUGCUUGGAAUUGUUUCCAUCGAGUGUUCGAAACUCGGCCAUGUCAAUGCUCAGGCAAGCCAUCUAUGCAGGGGCAAUUGUGAGUCCAGUAAUUGUUGUGAUAGGCCAUAGCAACACAGCUAUUUCCUUCGGUCUAUUUGGAAUUGCAAUAAUUAUAAGCGGUUUGUUUGUAUUGGGCCUUCCUGAAACUAAAGAUCGGCCUCUGUAUGACACACUGGGAAAUCAAGAAUGUCAGGAGACACUCCUUUCUAAAUCACCUUUGCUUCCAUAGCCACUUCAAGGACAUUUGUAUUUGACUACUGUAAAAAUGUUGGCUGCUUCUGUAGAGUUUAAGUAGUAGAUUGUAGCAGGGCAUUUUCAAAGGAUUUCCAAAGGACUGAAAGCACAAACAUUUUUGUCGAGCUUUGUCCUGUGAAUAAGUAAAGUGUGCUUGGUAGAUUGUUUGGCCAGCCUUUUUAUUGAUCAAAUUUUCUUCUCUGUGAUACA